UGACAUUCAAUGUGCAGAAACAGUCUGAAUUUGAAGGUGUUGAAGGAGAAGCCAUUUAUAUUGACACAGAGUGUGCUGUUAAUAUGACGUGUUUAUGCUAGAGGAAAUCUCUGCAAGAUGAUCUUCACAUUAAAAGAAGUGGUAAUGUGGCUCGGAGUGACGGCAUUUGAACUGUGGAUCAACCUGGUUACCAUUCUCAUAUUCUCUAUACUUUUAGCACUAAAACUGGAAAGUGUGGUUGAUAUGACUUGGUGGGAGGUUUUUAUCCCACUGUUUACAUGUGAUGGGUUGAAUGCAUAUUUCUGUGCUAUUGUGUUUAUUCGAUUGUGGAUAGACAGAGAUUUACGUACAGCUGGAUUACGUGCAGUCUGGAGUGCUCUUGUCCUGAUUAUGGUCUUUAUAUUUGAAAUGUUACUGUGUCAGAGAUUGGAAGAUGAAAACAAUCUCUCGUUCUCAUUGAUUAUGUCACCUGUGUUUAUUCUGCUCCAGAUGUUGAUGAUUCGGGCAUGUCAGGUUGGAUAGUGGAUUGCCUCAUCUUACUUCUAAAUGUAAUCCUGAGUAAUCAAGGAAACUGUCUUUUUUGUAUAAUUAUCUACAUGUACAUGAAAUCCACUUUUUGUAUACAAA